GUCGCGACCGCCACUAAGGUGUCACGCCUGAGGUUGAGAACCUGUAGAGAAGCUCAUACGUCAUCAAACAGCGACGUGACGAUUUAUUUGGGACCGCAAACGUGAAACGUUGGGUUUUGUGUAGACACAGAAGAAAAGUUUAUCCGCUUUGGGACGCGGCGCUCUUAUCGCCUUGCUUCGGCUCAGUUCUCCUCCUUAUGAAUCCAGUAAUUAGACGGAGCCUUCCUCCGUCAGUGAGAAGCCUCCUGACGGACAUCUCUCCAAAGGAGGAGGUGUGGACCGACCUGGAGCCCGAGACAGAGGCUGUAGCCAGGGAUGGGAUCGUGCUUCCGUCCAGAGCAGCUGGGAAAGGAGAGUUUCUUUCUCCAGCCAAGAACCAAAACGAAAAGAUUUCAGUGGACGAGUCUAACGCCAGGAUAAGCAGGGCAGUGUGCAUGCUGUGUGAAUGGAAACACUCUAACUACACCUGUCCACGUUGUAAUCUCCAGUACUGCGGCUUGUCCUGCUACCGGAGCCCGGACCACUCCGCCUGCUCCGAGGAGUUUUACAAGGAGUCUGUCCUGCAGGAGCUGAAGGACAUGGGGAAAACGGAAGCAGAGGGUAAGAGAAAGAUGCAGGAGAUUCUGCUGGGACUGAGGCAGAAAGCAGACACGACGCGUGGAGGGAUGGAGAGUUUACUAAAAGAAGCAGACAUGGUGGGAGAGGAGGAGGAAGAGGCCGUGGAGAAGGUGCAGGUUAUGGAGCUCCUGUCCAGGUUGGCAGAGCUUCAGCAGUCUGGAGGGGAGAACGCACCAGAGAUGGAGGCCAUUAUGGGAAAACUCGAGGAGAUCGGAGGAGCAGAAGCGACUGCUGACGGUACGGAGGGGGAGCUGGACUUGGCCGAGCGACUGUCGGGGCUGGACAUCGACAAGCUCUCAGAGGAGGAGCUGUGGGACCUUCUCAGCAAGGAGGAGCAGGAGAAGUUUGUGGGUCUUUUGAAGCGGGGAGACCUCAGCGGGGUGGUCCCUCUGUGGAAGCCCUGGUGGGAGGAGCACGAGGAGAACGGCAGGCCUCUCAUCCAGGUGCUACAGGAAGACGUGAACAAGCUGGAGAAGGGUCACAAUGACCAAGUCAAGAUAUCGCAAGAAGAUGACGAGAAAAAGAUUCAAGGAGGAAAAAGUAAAGGAAGCUCAGUUAGCGUAAAAGUUCCCUCAAUCUCUGCAAAUAUCCCAAAGCUGAGCUCCUUAUGUGCAAAUCCAUCUCCUCUGGUUUGCUACAGCAUAGUAAAUGCCCUUUACGGCUUUGCCUUUUCCCUGUCGCUGUUUAACGGUGACACAGAUUCACUGAUGUUGGAGGUCUGUGACAUGACUCUCUCUCUGUCUGAGGCUCUGAGCUCAGGGAAGGUGUUCAACUCUGUCCAGGAGGCCUUGGACUGCGGAGAGGCUCUCGUCCUGCGUGGCGGCUACCUCGACAGGGAGGAUCCUCUGGCUCCGGCCAGAGCAGCGGAGGCCGUGGCUCACAUCAUGACAGGCAGAGACAGACGAGACGCCUCAGGUUACUCCCUGGCAGCCUUGAGCCAGCUGCGUAAGACGCUCUCUAAAGCCAGGGGGAAGCUAUCCAAGGAGGGAGAGGAAGGGACGAGGAGGCAGAAGUACUUCCAGGCAAAUAAGAAGUGUGAAUUCUUUCAAGCAUGGGUGAAGGACAACGUCCAGCAGGUUCGCAGACUUGCUGUCGAGCUGUGGAGUGAACACGGUAAAAGAGAGAGCGUGAGAAGUGGCAUGGAGAAGGCAAAGACUGUAGUUGAGGAGAACUUGAAGAAAGAAAAGAGGAAAAGAAUUAAUCUCAUUGAGGAGCUGAACUAAAAAUAUAUGUAUGUGUUUGUCCAAAGAAGUUAUAGUUACAUAAAACGUGAAAAUUAUAAUCUGGUCUGUUUGUUCAUUUUACACCAAUAAAUUUUGUUUAAUGUGUUGUUUUUGUUGAUUAAGACAGUUUCAGGAAGUGACUUUUUUUAUGUUCCCAGUUCUAUUGAUAAUCUCCGCCCCGUCCCCCACAUAUUGCUUUUCCCUAUGUUACAAGAAAGUUUUAAUUAGUCUUUUCAGGAAUAUUUCCAGUGGUAAAAACAAAGAUAGUUAUGGGGAGGAAGUAAAGCAGCCCUACUAAUCAUUGUUUACUAUUAGCUUGUUUUGAAAACUGGAGCUGACUGUCUGAGCAGAUAAUACAGCUGAUUAAUAAACUUGUAUACAUUUUAUUCUUCCUAUUUUACUCUGUGCAGAAUAGAAAAAUGUAAUGUAUACUGCACAUCUGGAUUAAUUUAGCGAGGAAAAAUCAUGACUGGACAUGUACCGGAGCAAUCCUCUCACAAUCUCACUUUGGAAUUAAUCAAGAUGCUGAGGGUGAAAAAUGUUUCAAAAAAUCAAAAACAAGUAAAAGAUGAUGGGAGUCAGUCAGUUUUUAUGCAGAAUAAUACACUGACAAUAACAUAAUGCUGUUAUGUGAAUAAAAUAUAUUAAUGGGGACUAAAGCAAAAUUUUUAAUGUUUUCCAAAUGUUAGUCUUUUUGGAAAGUUCUCAUCUACAGACAGGGCAAUUGUCCUGAAGUUUCUCUAAUUUUAAACCAUUGUUUCCAUGUUUUAUAGUGGAAAAUAAAAUGUGUCUUGUAAAACUUCCAGAAUUAUUCACAUACGAAUAAACUAUGUGAAGUAAUGUUCACAUCUUUAUGUUUAAAAGAC